AUGUAUAGUGCAUAAAAAUUCCUUUACCCUGCACACUACUCACAACCCCAUAAGCCAAAACACAUGCUCCUCUCUCUCUCUCCCCUUAAAUCCAUCCAUCAUCACCCCAACCUCUUCUUCUCUUUCAAUCUUCAUUCAAGCUUCAAACUCUCUCUCUCUCUCUCCUAAUAUUCUACUGUGAUUUUCUUGAUCUGGGUCAAUCAAGAAGUGAGCAAAGAUGAUCACUUUAUCAGAUUUCUACCAUGUCAUGACUGCAGUUGUUCCACUUUAUGUGGCCAUGAUCUUAGCUUAUGGGUCUGUAAAGUGGUGGAAGAUCUUCUCCCCAGACCAAUGCUCCGGCAUCAACCGCUUUGUAGCUCUCUUCGCCGUUCCUCUUCUCUCCUUCCACUUCAUCUCCACCAAUGAUCCUUACACCAUGAACUUGAAAUUCAUAGCAGCCGAUACUCUUCAAAAGCUCAUUGUUCUUGCAGUGUUAGCUGUGUGGGCUAAGGUGAGCAAAAGGGGUUGCUUAGAAUGGACCAUUACACUAUUUUCAGUUUCAACACUCCCAAACACUCUUGUAAUGGGCAUUCCUCUGCUCAAAGGAAUGUAUGGAGACUUCUCUGGGAGUUUAAUGGUUCAAAUAGUCGUUCUUCAGUGCAUCAUUUGGUACACUCUGAUGCUGUUCAUGUUUGAGUACCGAGGCGCAAAGAUGUUGAUCUCUGAACAGUUCCCAGACACUGCUGGUUCGAUUGUGUCAAUCCAUGUUGAUUCUGAUGUAAUGUCUUUGGAUGGAAGACAAGUUUUGGAGACCGAAACUGAGAUCAAAGAAGAUGGGAAGCUUCACGUUACUGUUAGAAAAUCUAAUGCUUCAAGAUCAGACAUUUUCUCAAGAAGGUCUCAUGGGUUCUCAUCAACCACUCCAAGGCCAUCAAAUCUUACAAAUGCUGAGAUAUACUCUCUGCAGUCCUCGAGAAACCCAACUCCAAGAGGUUCUAGUUUUAACCACACAGAUUUUUAUUCAAUGGUCGCCGGUGGCCGGAACUCAAACUUCGGUGCUAGUGAUGUGUAUGGUGUCACGGCGUCGAGAGGGCCAACGCCGCGGCCGUCUAAUUAUGAAGAAGACGGUGGCAGUAGCAACAAGUCCAAGUUUCAAUACCAUGCGCCGCCGGGGAGUACCCAUUAUCCGGCGCCGAAUCCUGGGAUGUUUUCGCCUACCUCGAAAACAGUUGGGACCAAGAAGGUUAAUGGUCAAGUUCAGCAGCAAAAGACAGAGGAUGGUGCCAGGGAUCUUCAUAUGUUUGUUUGGAGUUCAAGUGCUUCUCCUGUUUCUGAUGUGUUUGGAGGGCAUGAGUAUGGAGCCCUAGACCAGCCUGCUAAGGAUGUGAGAGUUGCUGUGUCUCCUGGAAAAGUGGAUGGUCAGAGGGAGAAUCCGGAAAAUUAUUUGGAAAGAGAUGAUUUCAGCUUUGGGGAUAGAGGCACUGACAGAGAAAUGAACAACCAUGGAGGUGAGAAGGGUGGUGUUGACAACAAGGGCAAAGCGAUGCCUCCAACAAGUGUAAUGACAAGGCUUAUACUGAUCAUGGUUUGGAGAAAACUCAUCAGGAAUCCAAAUACUUACUCAAGCUUAAUUGGCCUUACUUGGUCUCUAGUUUCAUACAGGUGGCAUGUUGAGAUGCCUGCCAUUAUAGCAAAGUCCAUUGCUAUACUGUCCGAUGCAGGACUUGGCAUGGCCAUGUUCAGUCUGGGUCUGUUUAUGGCUUUGCAACCGAGGAUCAUAGCAUGUGGGAAUUCCUUUGCAGCUUUUGCUAUGGCCGUCAGAUUCCUUACAGGUCCAGCUGUCAUGGCAGCUGCUUCCAUUGCUGUUGGCCUUCGCGGAGUCCUCUUACAUGUUGCCAUUGUACAGGCAGCUCUACCGCAAGGAAUUGUCCCGUUUGUCUUUGCCAAGGAAUACAAUGUACACCCUGAUAUUCUUAGCACAGCUGUCAUUUUCGGAAUGUUGAUCGCAUUGCCGAUAACGCUUGUCUACUACAUUCUGUUGGGGCUAUGAAGUGGAUGGAGUUAAUCAGAAACUGAGAAUCUAUGGAAAGCUCUCUGCAAGCAAUUAUAACAUGGACAUGGAGACCAAAGGAACAAAGAAAGGAGAAGAAAAAAAAAAGGACAAAUGAAUGAUCUCUUAAUGAAUUGUCUUUCCUAGAAAAGUUGUAAAAUCUUGUUUGUAGUCACUUUUAGUGGAGGAAUAUUUCUCUAGUUAAUUACAGUUCGUCCUUAGUAUUAUUCCAAGAUUUUACAGGCGACAUAAAAGUUGAAAAGGUAAUGCUUGAUGUUAUGACGCCCUAGCUUUUACUCCGAAUAUUCCCUCUGACUGCGGCUAAUGUAUGGCAAAAAGCUUGUAAAUUGGAAUCAUGUUAUAAAUUAGGUUUGAAUGGUUGAGG